GGGGCCCGGCCGGGCGGUGACACCGAGCGUGCACCGCCGCGCCCCGGGGGCUCGCGCUCGCGGUCAGGCCUGCGGAUAGAGCGGCUUCUCCGGAGAUCGCCUGCGGUGUCGGUCCCGAGGGGCGGGAGCGUGACCUGACGCUCCGAGGGGGACAGGCCCUGCCUCCGCUCUGCCCCAGGCCCGAGCCCAGGGCUGGCGAAUCCGGGGUGCCUUCGGCCUGCCCCCCACCCCGUGGGGCGGCGCCUCGAGGCUCGGUGGAGGCUCUGCACGAGCCUGGAGUGGGAGGGCGGAGCGGGGCCGGAGCCGCCCGUCACCCCGGCCGUCACCCCAGCCGGGGAGGUGGAAGAGGCCCGGAGGAAGCGGGCUCGUGCUCCGUGCUGCCGCGGCCUGGCCCAGCAGCAGGGGCAGCCCCCCAGCCUUGAGGGCUGGCUCCUUCCUUCUGGGUGGGAACUGCCCCUGGAGGAAGGCUUGGCGACAGCCACAGGGUGGGGGCUCCGAGGGAGCGGUGGUUCCACCGCAGGCUUCCCGCCGCCGGGGACUGGAGGAGCUCUCCGAGGCAGAAAUGCUGCGUGCCUGGGCUCCUCCAGGAUGGUCUGGGGGCCGGGGGGCCGCUGUGUCGGCAGGGAGAGGACCGAGGCGAGGGGUCGCUGCACUGGCCGUUCUCCAGGAGCCGCCCAGAGGAGGUGCACACCUUCCCAGCGAAGAGCGACUAGAUGGUGGCACGGGGUGGCUGAGUCUCGCAGACCUGAGCGGUUCUGAGCGGCUCGGAGAGUCUGAGUUAGCCCGAGAUGGGAGAGGGCAAGGCCGGAGGCGCUCUUGAGAGAAGCACUCCCUGAAGACAUGGGCUGGUGGCCGCUGCUGUCGGGGCCCCGCCCCGUGUGCGGAGCCAGGUAGUGGGCACAGGUGCCCCUCAUGGUGCCCAGAGAGCCAGAGGUCGGAGGAAGGGAGCCAGGGCCCAGCAGCGGCACGUGUAGACUCUGGCGUGCUUCUCCAGAGGCCCGAGGGGUUCUGUCCUGGCACUGCCUCUGGGCGUCACGGUUAUUCCCCAGUGCUGGUAUCCUGAGCUCUGCCCCACAGGCCCCGCGCGCCCCCCGCGGGCCCCAGAGCUGGUCCGGUCGGCAUCCGGGUGUAUGUGCCCGUGCCCCUGACCAUCGUUCCAGCUUCUCCGUGCACACGAUGGCGGCUGCAUCCGUGUGGUCUGUCCGCCUUGCCGUUGUGUUUUGUCUGUUUGCUCCUCCAGAGGGUCAGGGACCUCGGACACCUUAGCACUGGACAUGCUGGUAGAUAAGUGAGCAUUUUGGUGAGGGUGGUGAGCCCCUCAGGCAGUCUCCUGGUGCAGUCCAGGUGGAGAUGGGUCUGAAGCUGUGGGAGUGGAGGGAGGCCGACUGGACCCAUCCAAAACGCAGGAUCAAGCUGUUUCUGCAGGCAGGUUUCCAGGGUGGUGGGGGAGGGGCCGUGCAAGUCUCUGGAGCCUGUUUCAGCCCCCCAAGUUUUUCAUCUGCCCUGAGAAAGCCCUGAUACUCUCUGUCCCUGAGCUAGUCUGGGGUUCCCGGGGCCGGGGCCCAGUGGAUCAGCGCCUCCCUCCUCCCUCUGGCCUCGUUUUCACUCAUCCAGCAAACUUCCCUAAAGCCGGGCAGGGCGUCGGGCACCAGUGGCCAACUCUGCAGCCCUGCCCGGGACAGCUCCCACCUCCGAAGUGGGGGCCGGCCCCUGCCCUUGUGUCUUGUGGGCAAAGGUGGAGAGUUCUGUCCUGUUCCAAGCGCCUCUGGGCAGGGAGGCAGACUCACCCUUCUUACCUGGGCGGCCGGGAGAGGCUGCUCCUGAGGCAGCUUCCAGGAGUGGCCCCUCUUUGGGUGUGCGAACCCCACAUGGAAUUUUCUCUUCCCUGAGCCUCCGUGUUGUUAGGAGGAAAGCUGGAAAGGAGGGCAGGGACUUAGGGACGCAGGCCCCUUUGCACACGGCAGUAAAGACGCUUUGGCUGAAGCCUACAUCCGCAAGCUGAACCCAUUCUGCCUCCGGCUGCCCGGCUGGAGACUGGCUGUGUCCCCGGGCUGAACGCUGAGCUCCACGUGGCCUUGGGGACCGGCUGGAGCCUGCCCCUGGAGGGGAGGGGCGGGGAGGGCUGCUAGAGUUUCAGGUGUGUUUCUGCCUCUAGAAGGGACCUUGGGACCGAGGGUGUGACGCAGGGCUCAGCCCUGACAGUCCGCAAGGCUUGGCUGGGAGAGGGUUUCCCCGUUGCGCUGAGGGUGGUGGGAGGGGGUUGCUUCUACAGUCCCAAGCCGGCCUGGGGUCUGGAGAGUCUUUCCCCGGUGUUCUGGGGGAGGUGCACCGCGGUCCCCAGCAAGCCUGGGCCAGCAGUAUACCCGCAGGCGCACAGGAGGGGCAGUUCACACCCAGGGCUGGCCUGAGCUCGGCCAGGGCCCCACGGCCGUGUUCUUUCCAGCAGGGUCAGUGCUAUUAAUACCAGGAGAGCUCCCAGCCCCCAGCCGGGUGAGCCUCUUAAUGCCUGUGGCCUCAGCCUCUGAGGUGGCGGUUGCAGCCCGUACCCUAGCUCCUCAUCUGCCGUGCCGCCUGCCCACCCAUGGGGGGGCAGUUCAGGUGGCCCCUGAGCUGUCCUGGGGGGCUCCUGUGGGUCUGAGGGACACAGUGGAGGUGUUCCUGUACACACCUGGCAUCACCCUGCUGUCUGCUGUCCCGUGACCCAGACAUGAGCAGCCCCCCAGCUUACCCUGGCAUCAGGAUCUCGGGGUGCUGGGCCCUUGGAGCAGAAGGCAGCAGUAGCGCGGAAUCCUUGGACAGGCUCCUCCCGCCCGUGGGCAGCAGGCGCUCACCCCGGAAGCGCACCACCAGCCAGUGCAAGUCGGAGCCGCCCCUGCUGCGCACCAGCAAGCGCACCAUCUACACAGCCGGCCGGCCGCCCUGGUACAACGAGCACGGCACACAGUCCAAGGAGGCCUUUGCCAUUGGCCUGGGAGGUGGCAGCGCCUCCGGGAAGACAACUGUGGCCAGGAUGAUCAUUGAGGCCCUCGACGUGCCCUGGGUGGUCUUGCUGUCCAUGGACUCCUUCUACAAGGUGCUGACCACACAGCAGCAGGAACAGGCCGCCCACAACAACUUCAACUUCGACCAUCCAGACGCCUUUGACUUUGACCUCAUCGUGUCCACCCUCAAGAAGCUGAAGCAGGGCAAGAGUGUCAAGGUGCCCGUCUACGACUUCACCACCCACAGCCGGAAGAAGGACUGGAAAACACUGUACGGUGCAAACGUGAUUAUCUUCGAGGGCAUCAUGGCCUUUGCUGACAAGGCGUUGCUGGAGCUCCUGGACAUGAAGAUCUUUGUGGACACAGACUCCGACAUCCGUCUGGUGCGCCGGCUGCGCCGGGACAUCAGUGAGCGUGGCCGGGACAUCGAGGGCGUCAUCAAGCAGUACAACAAGUUUGUCAAACCCGCCUUCGACCAGUACAUCCAGCCCACGAUGCGCGUGGCCGACAUCGUGGUGCCCUGGGGGAGUGGGAACACGGUGGCCAUCGACUUGAUUGUGCAGCACAUGCACAGCCAGCUGGAGGAGCGUGAGCUCAGUGUCAGGGCCGCGCUGGCCUCGGCGCACCAGUGCCACCCCCUGCCCCAGACGCUGAGUGUCCUCAAGAGCACGCCGCAGGUGCGGGGCAUGCACACCAUCAUCAGGGACAAGGAGACCAGCCGCGACGAGUUCAUCUUCUACUCCAAGCGGCUGAUGCGGCUGCUCAUUGAGCACGCGCUCUCCUUCCUGCCCUUCCAGGACUGCGUCGUGCAGACCCCGCAGGGGCAGGACUACGCGGGCAAGUGCUACGCGGGGAAGCAGAUCACUGGCGUGUCCAUCCUGCGUGCGGGCGAGACCAUGGAGCCGGCGCUGCGGGCCGUGUGCAAAGACGUGCGCAUAGGGACCAUCCUCAUCCAGACCAACCAACUCACCGGGGAGCCGGAGCUCCACUACCUGCGGCUGCCCAAGGACAUCAGCGACGACCACGUGAUCCUGACGGACUGCACCGUGUCCACGGGCGCAGCGGCCAUGAUGGCGGUGCGCGUGCUCCUGGACCAUGACGUUCCGGAGGACAAGAUCUUCCUGCUGUCGCUGCUCAUGGCAGAGAUGGGUGUCCACUCAGUGGCCUACGCGUUCCCACGAGUGAGGAUCAUCACCACGGCGGUGGACAAGCGCGUCAACGACCUUUUCCGCAUCAUCCCUGGCAUCGGUAACUUCGGUGACCGCUACUUUGGGACGGACGCGGCGCCCGAUGGCAGUGAUGAAGAGGAAGUGGCCUCCGCGAGCUAGCUGCCCGCCUGAGCCUUCCUGCCUUGCCACCACCGGGGCUCUUCUGCCUCAGGGCCCUGUGUGUAGGGAUGUCCUAAAUUAUUUUAAUUAAGAAGGAUGUUACCGCUGUUACUUACUCUCUACAUUUUAUAAAAUAAAGUUUGGGAAAAG